CAAUUCCUACUGUAAAGCGCUAGCUGAACGGUACUGCAGUGUUCCGCGUGUUUACAUGGAUGGUGCGCCAUGAGCGCUGACAAUUCUUGUGAAGACCUUACGGUUCCUUUAAGAAAUCUCCUUAACUCUGUUCAGUGUGUACGAGAUAGAGUCAAAGAUGGGGAGUCCAACGAAUCCAAUGGGGGGUUCAACCUGGCAAACUUCUGGGAUACGCUGAAUCAGGCUGCAAAAGCGGUCUCUCAGGAAGCUACCAAACUAAGCCUUGCCUUCUCAAAGCCCCCACUGCCCUCGCAAGAUGAUGUGGAGAUACUGGCCGGGUCGAUGCAGAAAAGUGUGCUGUCUCUGUCCACAGUCUACUACUGGCUGCCUAAGAGUCAAGGCAUAUCUCUGCGCCGGUUGGUCAGGGACGCCACAUUGGACGGGUUGGACGGAGUGAUUCAGCUGGUGGAGGUCCUGCUCAGUUCUCCUCUGCAGAGUCUUUCUCAGGAGCAGCUGUCCUCCACUGGGGGUGUGUGGUUGGCCUGUGACCAGUUUGCUCACCUGCCCAGCGACAACCAGGCGGCAGUUGGGGGUCUGUUGUCCUCUCACCUGGGGGUAGUGAAGGAUGCUAUCGAGGAGAUGGAGCAGGCGCGGGCGGAGAGCGUGGACCCCCUGAGUAACGAGCUGGAGGACGAGGACGAAGAGGAGCCUCGGGGAAACAUGGACACCUACUGGUCGGAGGGGGACCGGCAGGUGCUGGCGCCGUGCGGGGGGCUGAUGAAGACGGCCGCCGCCUGCCUGAGGAAGCUGUCGGCCGCUGUCAAGGCCAGCGGCAGCGUGGCCACGCCUCAGACCGUGGCACAGCUCGAUGAUCUGGCCGACGUCACCAAGAUGAUCAGCCCUGGAGUCGAUGACCUGGCCCUGACUCUCUACCCCCCUAUGGACUACUCUGGAGUGGAAAACAAUGCCUGCCAGUUGGCAUCCAUACUAAAGAAAGUUCUGGAGAUCAUCAGGUCCAGCCACGUGUGUCUGGAGGCUGAUCUGACCUGGGUUCAGUUUCUAGAACGUGCUGUGGAGCACAACCUGCACAAGAUCCAGGACCUUGUACAGGUCUCCAUCUAGCAGCGCUGUGGGGGUGUGUGGUGGGGUGGGUGUGGUGGGGUGUGUGGUGGGGUGGGGUGGGUGUGGAUGUAUGUAUGUAUGUGUGAAUGUGAACGACUGAGAUAAACAUAGCAUGAGAGAAAAAUGACUGUCAGCUGUGAUGAAAUAUCAUUUAUUUUUCUCAUGUUUGCCAACCCUUCAUCAAUCUGACAGUCAGUGGAGUCUAUUUCCCGAGCAACUGCAAAAUAAACAUUUGCUAAGUGUUCACUCGCA